UUCCAUUUCACAGCCUUGUGGGCAAACAGUUGAACAUGCUUCUCGGAUCUUAGGGAGUUACCCUAGAUAGAUACUGCGUCUCAAUGGCGCCCUACAACCUCUACCUGUGGCUGCUGGGCAUAUAUGGUCAUCCCUGACGUUGAUAUCACAAACCAAAUCUUUCGAAGUACUCGGCGUACCCAAUAGGCGCACAGCUAGAUCGUUACAGCAUAUUUAAUUUGGAUUCAAAGCGCCCGUCGCUCACAAGGUUGUUCCAAACCAUCGACGUGUGUCCAAAGUCUCAUCCAGCCAACAAUGCGUAGUAUACCUCUUUCAGGUUCCGAGUUCACUCUCGAUGCCUCUGGAGUAGCUGGUUUUUUUGGCGGUGAUGAAGCAGUUUCCGCGAUGGCUACCGUACACGUGUACGGAGGAAGAAAAUUGCUGGGAUGGUACAACUCACCAGGAUCAUACCUUAUCGCCAAGAGGUACGACCAACUCGCCAAAUCGCGUUUUUGGGAUGGUUCAUUCCCAGGCGUCAACACCGACCCUGCCACGCUGUUGGAGCUGGGUAGUCAGAAGGGCCCAAAGUUCGAGGGUGUGGAGUCUGGGUCGGUUAUCCCAGAAACUGGUCACCUCGCUGCCCUGAUGAUAAAAGAAUGCCAGACAGAGCGGGGCAUUGAUGUACCAGGAAGAAAAUCCAAACCAGUUGGGGUCACAAUCGUCGACCUCCACCACGUCCCUGAUGCAACCAUGACACCAAAACAGCUCAAGAAAUACACCAGCGCUUUCGCAUUCAUCCCGAUGUCAGUAUCUAUUGGCACCUGCAUCGCGUGCGCUCUCUUCAAAGACUGGUACUCUUUCAGUAUGAUCCUGCUCGGAAUGUUCGCAAGCGGAAUAUCAUGUUUUGUCAUCGGAUCCGGAAAGUUCACCUUCAAUCAUCCCAUCCCAUCGCCGGGAGCGCCACGAGGUGAUGGAUUACUCCUCACGGAAAAUAAUGUCAUCGUCCUACUCGGCGAAGAAGGCGCUGUCAAUUCCAUUACCCGUGGGAGAUUCUCUCUAAACUUCAGCAGCGAAUCAGAUUACAGAAACAUCGGCCUAUGCUCGUUGAUCCUCACGACGCAAUUCAUCGCACAGCUGCUGCUCAUUCCGCAGAGCGCGCUCUUCGGACAAAUCAUGUUCUUAGCAUCGCUUGCAGUCUCCUGGGCAUACAACUCUUGGUUGUCAUCGCUGGACAAGGAUGAGAUCCAGAGGAGACUGCUACUGGAUGUGGUCCUCAAGCGGCCAUCGUUGACAAAAUAUAUGUUGGGCACACGCACUGCCAUGGCAGUCUUCGUUCUGCUGGCGCUGAAUCCGUCAGAGCCAGCAAAGGUACUGGACGAUAUUCUCCCGAACGAUACCAAAGUGUGGAGGAAGUGGAAAUCGAUCAUUCUGUCAAGGCUACAGGACGGCGAAAAGAUGCAUUUUCAGUCAACCGAUUGGGACGAUGGAAGUUUCAACGGGAGAGAGAUCACCCUUCUGAAGACCCUCUUGGGUGAUGCCCACGCUGCCUAUGAUGGGUAUUCCGACCACCUGAGGUCGCAGUAGUUGUGUGAUGAAUUAGCGCCACCUGCUUAUGAUUCUGUGUACCGAUAUCUUGUAUCCUCGCUUCUGUUCUGGGUCUCUUGCCUCUGCCUCGAAUCCUCCGUUCUCGGUUUUUGUGUUCGACCAUGUAUACGGUAUACCGCGAUACCCAUAAUUUGAAUAUCCUUGCGAAAAUGGUUUCGUUACUCGGUACUCAACACAAG